UUCUGGAGAAGUCCAGAAAACAGAUCACCCCUAAAACUUAUCCAGUGAAGGUCUUCUGGAGGAGUCCAGAAAACAGAGCAACCCUUCUUUCCAGAAAUGUCCAUUCCUUCAUUAAAUAUCAUUCAAUCCAUCAAUCCUACCCAAAUACAGUCUAGUUUAAUCUCUUGGUUUUGUUCUAGUAUCAAAGAAACAGAGAAGCAAAAUGUCCCAAACUCUUGCAAACUUCUCAAUCUAUGUGCCCAUUUCAUCAUCCCAAAGAACCAGUCCCAAUUCCAAGCUAUUACACUCAAAAUCCCCCAACUUGUUGAUCCCAAUUAGUACUAGUAGAGGUCGUCACAACAACAUCAAAGCUGUGGCAGGGGAUGACAGAGACAGUCUUGACCACUUGCAAAGAGCAAGCAAGAAUCAACCUCAAGGUCCUCAACAACCCAAGAAAAGAGUUGCCCAAGUUACUCCUAUAGGGUUGUGGGAUAGGUUCCCAACAGCUAGGACAGUGCAGCAAAUGAUGGAGACAAUGGAGAGGAUGAUGGAGGACCCUUUGGCCUACGGUGGUGGGUGGCCGUCACCGGUGCCGCCGACGGAGAGCGGUGGGUACAGCAGAGGAAGAACUCCUUGGGAGAUAAAAGAAGGGAAGGGAGAGUACAAGAUGAGGUUUGACAUGCCUGGCAUGACCAAAGAGGAUGUGAAGGUUUGGGUUGAAGAGAAAAUGUUGGUUGUGAAAGCUGAGAAGGUGCCCAAGGAGAGGAGUGAAAGUGGUGAUGAGGGUGAGGAAGAGUGGUCUGCCAAGAGCUAUGGCAGGUACAGCAGCAGGAUUGCCUUGCCAGAGAAUGUUCAGUUUGAGAAAAUCAAGGCUGAGGUUAAAGAUGGAGUGUUGUAUAUAGCUAUACCCAAAGCUAGUGCCACUUCCAAGAUUUUGGACAUCAAUGUGGAAUGAGUGAAGAAGACGAGUGUGUUUUUUCUUCAAUUCUUGGUUUAGUGCUUGUUUUUGCCUUCUUUUUUAUCUUCAAAUUGUGCAUUAAUAUAUAAAUGCACAUGUAACUUCUAAUUUUUUGGUAUGUAAUUUUCAAUGAUUAAAAUUCACAAAUGAUAUUUGAUA